AUCGAUUUCAUUAUUUGUGAUGGGAAUCAAGGUCAUGAUUUCAUUACGUUACGUUGAUUGGAUCACUAAAUAGGCAGACUGUGCACAAUGACUAUCGAUGAAAUUAUACAGUUAUUUUGUAAAUCCUUCCUUAGUCUAAUAACAUAUAAUGAUGUAUUCUGUAAUUCCUCAAAGAAUUUUAUCCUAUUUUAUUGUAUUGAAUAUAAUUUACAUUAUCAUUGUAUCUAGUAAUCAUUAUUCAUCACCUAAUAUGUUAUGUCCAAGUGGUUAUUGGCCAGCUAAAGUAAAUUUAACUGGUGGUCUAUAUAAAACUGAUCGAACAUUUGAGCUACCCUAUCUAUCUAAUGCUAAAGUACCUAUAUGUCAAUUUUGCCCAAAUGUAGGCUGUUUUAUUGUACGUAUACCAACAGUAGAAACAAAGAAAAGUUCAUCAUCAUCAGUAAAUAUUGCCAAAACAACACAAUCCUCCUUAUCAUCAUCAUCGCCUACGGCUCCUACUAUUUCAACCACUCUAUCACCUAUCAAUGAAACAGAUCUAACUUCUAUGAAUAGUAAUAAUAUAACAGGAAUCAAUGAUUUCAAUGAAACCUUGGAACAAAUGAAUUCAACUAUACAUGAUGUAUUAUAUAUGUCAUGUGAUCAUUGGAAUAAUCUACCAUCACCAUCAGAUAUCAUUAGUUAUUUAGAUUGUGUUAUGAUUGGUAAUAAUGAUCAAUUUUAUUUAUUUAUAUAUGAACCAAGAUUUCAAGAAUUUCAAUUACCAGCAGUAGAUUGUAUUGAUGCAGAUUUUUUAUCAUGGAUUAAAAAUGAUAAUGAAUUAUUAGGUUUAGAAUUAGGAUUUCGUAUGAAAACAAUACCACCAUUUUUAUUUCGUUAUUAUCAACGUAUCAUGCAAUUAACUCAAUAUAUAUGUAUUGAUGGAAGAAGUUUAAUAAAUAAUUCUAUACCAUUUGAAGAUACAGAACGCUUUGCUAGUAAUAAAUUAACUCAAGUUGUAUUUCGUUCGUCAACUGGAUUAAAAAGAGAACGUUUACCACCAAAACCACUUGAUAUUCAUCAUACAACAGAAUUUCAAAGUGAUGAAGAAGUUCAACCAUGUCCAUUUAUUGUUCAACAUAAACCAGCUAAUAUUACAUUAAAUGUCGAUUGUCAAUUUUCACCAGGUGGUUUACCAACUACAUCGGAUAAAGUUAGCUCACAUCAAGCAUUAGAACGUUGCCCAUUUCGUCGACUAACAACAAAUACAUUACAGACAAAACGAAGAAAGACUAAUAAUCCAAUGGAAGAAGAGAUAUAUUUACCACCUUCUGCAUUAUCAGCUUGUUUAUUAAUUGUUGUACUAUUAUUAACAAUUGGUAUAAUUAUUGCAUUUUGUAUAAUUAAUCAUGAAAAAUUAAUGUUAUGUAAAUCACGUAGUAGAAAACGACGUGAACGAGAAGCUGCACUUGCACAAGAAAUGGAUGAAAAAGCUGCUAAAGAAGCUGCAGCCGCCGCUGCUGCAGCAGAAGCUGAACGACAACAACAACAACAACAAGCAUCAACAAUACGACAUCCUAUUUAUGCUAGAUAUGGUAUGAUACCACCAAAUAUGGGUGGUGCAUUCGGUGCAUUUGCUCCAACAUAUCAAACAAUGACAGUUAACAUGAAUAUACCAAGUAAUGUGGUAAGACAAAAUCAAGGAUUUAAUGGACCAAUGUAAAAUACACGAAGGAACUAACAGACAGUUUCCAACCAAUAAUCACUUAGAUUUCCAAUGUCUUGCACAGAUAUUCAUAUUAACAUUAUUUAGCAUUCUUAACUCAUUUAUUGUAAAAUACAAAAUACUUAAAAUAUACCUGAUAUGACCUAGUUGUUACAUGCAUAAUGAUGUUAAUUGUUUAUUAUUCAAUAACUAAUCUAUGAACG